AUGACCCUUUUGACGGUGACCUCUCUCAACGGAUUGGAAUGCAUGAACAAUUUUGAAGCCAAAACGUUCUGGACGAGCGGCUCGAACGAAGAUGAUAAUUGCAAUGUGGAAAAAAAGUACGCUUGGUGCUCCACGGGUUUCAAUAUGUCGAAAGAAGUUAUCGAAUCGAAGGAACUGUGGUUGCCACCCAAAAACGCGAUCCCUUCUGCCACGGAACGAUGUUUGGCCGUUUCUAUUUCCACAGUUCCCUCGAAACAGGGUCUGGUGCACAGAAAAUGCGACGACGCACUGCCUUUCAUCUGCCAGUAUUCCGUCGACUGCCCGAAGCUCUGCAACCGAAAUAUGACGUGGAUAAACAGUUACCGGCAGUGUUGCGCUUUGGGAAUGGAUGCUCUCAACAUUGACAGUGAAGCAGAGCAAUUGGGGCUAACUACCCUGGCCGAUUCAAAUAAAGCCAACUGGACUGCGAAUUUCAACUACUGGACCAGUGGCACGUGGAAAGGGGCGCCGAAGAAGCAGUGGUCGUGGUGCGAGCCAAAUGGACCUACAGUUUUCGCAAACGGACUUGUUUGGGAAUACCCUCAGCCUGACAAUAACGGAGGCAACGAGAGCUGCGUUCAUUUCCGCUUUACUUUGAAUUCCACGGGCACCAUCAUGACAGACCGCAACUGCGCAAACAAAUAUAUUUUCGCGUGCAAGAGUGCAUUGCAAACCACCCCAAAACCUUGCGUUGCAUCCUGCACAGCAGAGAGCUACUUUUUCUCUUAUGGAAACUGGUACGAUGGAUGUGGCCGCAAUUUUUUGACUUACACCUCAAUAUUAUCAAACUGGACAGUCGCCCGUAAGAGUUGCUGUGAUAUUGGUCUGACCCUGGCCUCCAUGGAAUCAGUUGGGAAGUCGAGUUGCUUUUCCAGAAUAGUCUCGAAAUUCGCUCCGGCGACCUUUGGAGACUACUGGCUCUCCGGCACUGAUCUUGGGUGUGAUUCAAACUUCCGCUGGUGCACCCUGAGCCGGGACUUCGUCGACCCUGAGGUCAAGUGGAAGGUGGGACACCCUAAACCCGGCCUGGACUGCGUUUAUCUCGAAGUGAGGAAUGGUUCCUUGUUGCUGGCCACCGAUGACUGCGCCCAAAACAAGAGUUUUCUCUGCGAAGUGAGAAAGAAGGGCACCUCCCAAAGGGCAAUGCAGACCGAAUGUGCGGAAAUAUGGGACAUCACCGUUGACCAAAUUGAUCUGCUUAUGAACGUGAGCGCUUUUCUCACGGCAACCAUAUCGCUAAAUUUGAAGUUUGGUGUUGGGGGAUUGGACGCCAUAGCAUCGCUGCGACAGAUAGAACUUGUGUCCCAGGAGGAACCCGCGAAAUUGGAGACGGGAUUUGUGGCUUACGAUCAAUGCAGCGGCAUCAAAUCAGACGAUGAGUGUGUGAUUGCCCACGAAACCUUCAAGUGCGGCCAGGAAAAAGCACCUGAUUUGGUCUCACAAAUCAUCACCAACAAUUACGAUAACAAUUCAAUGCUUCCACAUGAUGCCUAUACCCACUGCUGCGAAAUUGGAAUGUAUCUCAUGGAACCUCAGAGCAUGGCUGAUAUUAUCUUCAUAGUACAGAAUACUGUUCGCUGGUCGGUUAUAAUGGUGGGCGAUACCGAAUUCAUCAACCAGACGCACGAGGUUUGGUGUCGCAGCCGCACUCUUUUGACAGAUGACAUGUACCACACGGGCACAAAUAGAUACCAAUGCUAUCCAUCACACAUCAAUGUUGUUCCAAAUCCAAAUGCGUAUUAUUUGGAACCCACAGGAAUCUACGUAACUGAUCCGAUGACCAAUCAACUAGUAGCAGCCACUGGAGGAGUGUACCCUGCUUUUACAGAUAUUAUUGGGACGACCACUAGCCUCCUAACAACUACGUCAGGGUUGCAAACGGCAACGACGGCAGCCAUGAUGACAGGAAGCUCUGCUGCGGGCGAAAAAUCAGGUCAGGUUUCCAGUACAAGCCCCCUUGAUGGGACAGAAGUUCCAACUGACGUUCCGCGGGAGGCCAUUACUGACCUUAGAACUGACGUCACGGUCAAAGUGACUGAAACGGUGCAAGAUGGCACCGAAUCGCCAUCUCCUUCGACCGAUCCAUCCACGCAGGUUGUCCAAGACACGACAACAACUGCAAUCGAUGUGGUCUCAUCAAAUGUUGAUUACAACAACUACGCCAAGGACGACGACAACAACAACAAAAACAACAACAACCACAGUCCGUAUAUGAAUUUAAGUAAAAACCAACAGAGUUAA